AUUUUUUGUUCCGCAACGUGUUUCUGAUUUUUGACGUCGAUCCGGGAAAUUAGCACGUUUUUCGGAUUAUUCGGUUGAUUUGUUGUGUUAUCUGUUUUGUUGUUAUCGGUGAAUUUGAAUUUUUGUACGAAUUUUUUUUACUGGAAAUUUAUUAGUUAACGUGCGCAACUUAUGUAUCAUGUAUGAAAAUUUGUUUUUAAUAGUAUUAUUUGUUGCUUUGUAGUAAAAAUUGUGGAACAGCACACAACCUUGGAUGCAAAUUUGCACCGCAAAAAAAAUCAUUGUCUAGUUUUAUCUCGACCGCAAGUUUUUACCAUUGUCCGAUGGAAAAUCCGGAAGACGUGCUAUAAAAUUAAACGGACGGUUUCAGGGGUUUCAGUGCAGUGUUUGCAGUUGUUGUUGAACUAUUUUGUUUUUUUUUUGGAGAAAAAUGCAGUUAUUGAGUUGGCUACCGUUCGCAGCCCUGCUGGCCGGGGUUUCCUGCAGUACCGUACUGAUUGCUGAUCAUGGUAUGUCCAAGAUGAUCGAACUGACCACGAGGAAACCGUAUUGUCACGUCCACACUGAUAGAGGCAAGAUCAGGAACAUGCUGCUCAGCUCCGACCCCCGAAGGGUGCGCCAGAUGUCCGACGACUCCAUCAAGAAGCUGGAGGACGUGUGCAAAAGCAACCAGGUCAACUCCGCCCAUCAGGGAGGCUUCAUCUACCCGGGAACCAAAUGGUGUGGACCUGGAACCAAGGCCAGGAACUAUUCGGACCUCGGGUACCACGUGAAGGAGGACAUCUGCUGCAGGGAGCACGAUAAUUGUCCCGAGAACCUCCUGAACGGCGAAUGCAGACAGGGAAUUUGCAACAACUCCCCCUUCACUCGGUCCCACUGCGACUGCGACGCCUCGUUCCGGAGGUGCCUCCAGAACGUCAACACGGAAACCGCCAACACGAUCGGUGCCAUAUUCUUCAACGUCAUACAAGUCAUAUGCUUCAAGGAACGGAGCCCCUGUUCCCAGUGGCAAAAGAAUGGCUACACAAAAGAAGAGAGCGACCAAAUAUGUGGCCAAUGGAACUUUAGACCUUCAGAAAAGUACAUACCUUUAAUGCCUCUGCCUUAAAACCUUUUAAAAUUAAUAGAACAUAUCGCAAUGCAAUAAAACUGUACCUGCUCUUAGUUUAAACAAUACUUCCAGUUGCCAAAAUUAGAUUGCCAUAUUUUCUUGCUUGGGCACAAAACAACGGUACAACGAAUUAGUGAAGAUAUGUGAUAUUGUAGAUCAUAGAUGUUAUAGUUUUCUAUGGUAGAUUAAUAAAAGGUUAUAUGAACU